AUGUCUUACAAUCCUCCAACUGGCCCUCCUCCAAACUGGGCUGAUAGUAAGCUGGCGCCAGUUACAGACGAAGCUGCUGGCCAAUCUGGUCAGGGCGCCUCCAGAGGUUACGCUGCUCAGAGCCAGCCGGAAUACCAACAAAGAGGAUACGGUGGUGGUCCUCCACAACAACAACAGGGAUAUGGAGGCUACCCUCAACAAGGUUAUGGUGGCGGCGGCUACCAGCAGCAGCCAGGCUACGGCGGUCCUCCACCUCAGGGCUACGGAUAUCCACAGGGCGGUGGAUACUACCAGCAACAGCCGCAACAGCAGUAUUACGUUCAGCAGAAACGUUCGAGCGGCAAUGAGAGUUGUUUGAUGGCCUGUUUGGCCGGUUUGUGUAUCUGCUGUACCUUAGAUAUGCUUUUCUAA